UCCACUGAGCAAAGUCUUCUGCCUCUACUCAACCAGCUCUAGUAGAGGAACUCAGAGUCUCAGCAGCUGGACUGUCCCAGGCUCCGCUUCUCCUAUGGCUCCUGCAGGUCUCCCAGCCUCCCUUCCUCUGUGUGUGUGUCUGCUGCUGGCCUCUGGCUUUGCCCAGGCAGGCAGGCUCCUGGUGGUGCCCAUGGAUGGGAGCCACUGGUUCACCAUGCAGUCGGUUGUGGAGAAACUCAUCCACAGGGGGCAUGAUGUGGUGGCAGUUAUGCCAGAGGUGAGUUGGCAGCUGGGAAAAUCCCUGAAUUUGACAGUGAAGACAUACUCAACUUCUUACACUCUGGAAGAUAAGAACCGUGAGUUCAAGUAUUUUUCUGACACUCAAUGGAAAACUUCAGAACAAAGUAUGUUUUCUUUUCUGACAGGCUCAGCCAAACAUUUCUUUGAAUUAUUAUUUUCACAUUGUAGAGAUUUGUUUAAUGACAAGAAGUUAGUGGAGUACUUGAAGCAGAGUUCUUUUGAUGCUGUGUUUACGGACCCUCUUGAUGUGUGCGGCUUAACUGUGGCCAAGUAUUUGUCGCUCCCUUCGGUGAUCAUCGCAAGAGAUAUAUUUUGUCACUAUCUGGGAGAAGGUGCCCAGUGCCCUAGUCCACUGUCUUAUGUUCCCAGAGGUCUCUCGAAAUUCACAGACACCAUGACUUUCAAGGAGAGAGUGUGGAACCACCUCUCCUACAUGGGGGAGCGUGCAUUUUGCCCCCAUUUUUUAAAAACUGCUACAGACAUUGCCUCUGAAGUUCUCCAGACUUUGGUGACUAUGGAUGACCUCUUCAGCCAAGUGUCUAUUUGGUUGUUACGCACAGACUUUGUGUUAGAUUUCCCCAGACCUGUGAUGCCCAACAUGGUGUUCAUUGGUGGGAUCAACUGCCAACAAAGAAAGCCAAUUUCUAAGGUAUGUUAUUUGUUGUUUAGCACAUGAAGAGUGCCCUGGGUUUCGACAAUAAAAAAGAAAUUCUUUACUGAGCUGUAAUUUAUUGUUUAUAUCACUGCAUAUGGAAUUUCUUCCUGGGUUGUAGAAUUGUUUUGUGCCUAUUCACUAAUUAGGAAACAAUUCUAUAUAGGUGCCCUAUUCAUAUGUCCAUGUACACCUGUGGCAAUAGUGCAUAUACGUUCCAAGCUACAAUCUAAAUUUAAAUAUCUAUGUAUGCCUUCCUAUUUGUGUGUGUGUGUGUGUGGCAGGGGCAAUGCAAUUAGGUAGUGGAGGGGACAAAGAAAACUUUCCUGUGGAGUGAAAGAGACAAUAAUGGUACACAUGUCCCAUGAAAACAGAAAAGGGAGCACUCAGAGGUAGAAGAGAACAUAUGGAAAGUAAGGGUAACUAGAAAAGAGUGGGGUAAACAGAAAAGACAAAAUGCCUGGAAAAUGGAUUAAUGCCACUGAAUACUCUGUAUGCUAACUUUAAAAAGUGAUUUGAAGAGACAAAAACUUUCAAGCUACAUUAUACUAUUUUUUAGAAAUUUUUGAGAAUUUUCAAGCCAUGAAGCAGUCCUUAUUUGUCGGCUGCACUCUAUAGGAGUGCACAUGUGAUUUUUCCAAAUUUUAAAAAAUCAUUGAUAUGAUAUGAGCAUUGCUAAGUUGUUUUAGAGGACCUUGUUCUCGGGGUGUCCUCCAUCCCUUUUUUCUCUCCACCUCUUUCUGCCUCUCUUCCUCAUGGUUACCUGAGCUCUGAUGGGAGGGAUUUGAGAGAGCCGUCUCAUUUAGAGCUGUGUUCUCCAUGGUCUCUCUAUGAAGUGUCUCUUGCUGUGUGUCUCUGUACUUGCUCCCAUCUGUUGCAUGAGGCCCCUGGCAAGGCAUCUCUGAUGAUGGCUGACUAAGGCACUGAUCCAUGAGUCUAGCAGAAUAUCAUUAUGAGUCAUUUAAUUGUUAUCUUUUCUUUAAGAACAGGAGAAUUUGUUUUUACUCUAGCUGUCUGUACUUACAGACUCUGAUGUUUGUCACCCAAUCACUGUCAGGUAUGGGUUCCAUUCAUAAUGUGGGCCUUAAUUCAAAUCAGAUACCAAUUGGUUACUCCCACAAGGUUUGUGCCUCCAUUUCCCUGGUGUAUUUUUUGUUUGUUUGUUUUGUUUUGUUUUUAGAGAUGAGAUUUCUCUGCAUAGCAUUGGAGCCUGUCCUGGAACUCACUCUGUAGACUAGACUGGCCUUGAACUCAGAGAACCACUUGCCUCUGCCUCCCAUGUGCUGGAAUUAAAGGUGUGCACCACCACACCUAGUGUGUUUGCAGGUAAGACAGAUUAUAGAACAAAGGAUUUGUGGUAGGGUUGGUGUUUUCUGUUCUCUUUUAGUGACUUGCAGAGUACAUUUCCAUGUCAUAGAUACUAGAACAUGGGGUGAAGGUUUCAUAUAGGCACCAGCUCAACCUUUCCAUGUUCAUUGAGUUGUGUGGGUAUUGUCUUUAACAAUGGGGUCUUGGAAGUUUGGGGAGAUCAACCUAUUGUCUUGGCAACAGCCUGAGUUGUUUGGGAUUUUCCAUGGGAGCCCUUUGAUGCACAACUGAAUUGGAUUGGCACUCUUCCCAAAAAGGAAGCUUAGUUUGGUAACAAGAUAUGGCCAGUAAGGGUUCUCUCUACCUUAUUAUUUGGAGACUUCUUUAGGAUUGCCUUCAUAUAUUACAGGAAGUAUAAACUGCUCUGCACUAGGUUCUGUUCAGGAAGUCUGUUCCUAAGCCAAGGUACUCAAGGCUAUUCCUCAUUUUCUCUUCUAGGAGGUCCAAUAUAUCUCUUUUUAUGUUGAAGUUUUUCAUCCAUUUGGAGUUGAGUUUUGUGCAGGGUGAUAAGUAUGAAUCUAUUUUCAUUAUUCUACAUGCAGUCAUCCAGUUUAACUAGCACCAUUUCUGGAAGAUAUUGUGAUUUUUUUCAGUGUGUAUUUCUGAUUUAUUUAUCAAAAUCCUGGUGUUCAUAGGUGUGUGGUUGUUUGUCCAGGUCUUCAAUUUGAUUUUACUGACCAAUGUGUUUAUAUAUUUAUUUUUUUAAAAACCAAUACCAUGAUGUUUUUCCCACUAUGAUUUAGUAGUAUAAUUUGAGAUCAAGAAUGGUAAGAGCUCUUGUAGUUCCAUUAUUGUUCAGGAUUGUUUCAACUAUGCUGUUGUGUGUGUGUGUGUGUGUGUGUGUGUGUGUGUGUGUGUGUUUCCAUAUGAAGUUGUGAGUUGUCCUUUUAAGGUCUGUGAAGAAAUGUGUUUUAUAAUUUAUAGGGGGUUGCAUUGAAUCAGGAGAUUGCUUCUGGUAGGAUGGUCAUUUUUACUGUGUUAAUCCUUCAAAUCCAUGAACAUGGGAGAUUUUUCCAUUUGUUAUUUUCUUUAGUUUGUUUCUUUGAAGACUUGAAGUGUUUAUCCUAUCAGUCAUUCAUUUACUUGGUUGGAGUUACCCACAAGACAUUUUAUAUUGUUUGAGGCUGUUGUGACCUUUCAUUUUGUCCUUUUUGGUUUUUUGAGACAGGGUUUCUUUGUGUAGCUUUUAUCCUUUCCUGGAACUCACUCUGUAGUCCAGACUGGCCUGGAACUCACAACGAUCUGCCUGCCUCUACCUCCCAAGUGCUGUGAUUAAAAGCAAGCGCCACCACCGCCUGGCUGUUUGAGGCUAUUAUGAAUGGUGCUGUUCUGCUGUUUUCAUUCUCAGGGUGUUUGCCAUUUGUAAAUAUGAGGACUGCUGAUUUUCUGAUUGUGUAUCCAGCUCUUUGCUGCUGUGUUAUUCAGCUGUAAGUGUUCCCUGGUGGAAUUUUUAGGGUCACUUAUGUACACUAUCAUAUCAUCUGCAAAUAAAGACCAUUUGACUUC